GUUUUCUUUGCGGAUCCAAAAUGCGCGACCCUUUAUAAGGCCUUCUCCACGCUCCGAAGAGGGCAGCAGCAGAUAGCAGUGAGAGGAGAAGAGCGAGAUGCCAAAGCAAAUUCAUGAGAUUAAGGAUUUCCUUCUUACUGCCAGAAGGAAGGAUGCAAGGUCAGUUAAGAUAAAGAGGAGCAAGGACGUGGUCAAGUUCAAGGUCCGCUGCUCCAAGUAUCUAUACACACUUUGUGUGUUCGACUCUGAAAAGGCAAACAAGCUGAAACAAUCUCUUCCCCCAGGUUUGAACGUCCAAGAAGUGUGAAGAUGAAAUUAAAUUGUUAGUUUUUGUUAAUUGAGCUUACAAGCAGUGAGUUUACUCUCUCUUGAAUGAACUCUGUGAUUUGAGUUUAGAAACCCUACAUGACUAUCUUGUCUUGAUUCUACGUUAUUGACAUUUGUUGCUCGUUACAAGGUGUUUGAAUUGAUCUGUGGACAUUUUUUAUAAAAUGCAAGGCGAGUGUAUGCUUGUAUCCUUAUUUUC